CAGGCUGCCUCCUCAUCUCUACACACUGAGCUCCUGCUCACCAAUCCUCCAGGUGACCCUCAGCCAUGAAGACACUUGUCCUCCUCUCUGCUGUUGUCCUGCUGGCCUUCCUGGCCCAGGCUGAUCCUCUGCCAGCACCAAAUGAGGAGACUAAAACUGAGGAGCAGCCAGGGGUAGAGGACCAGGAUGUGACCAUCUCCUUUGGAGGCCCAGCAGGGCUUUCUCUUCAGGAUGCAGGCUCAAGAAAGGUCUCAACAUGCUACUGCAGAAGAUCCUGCAGAAAUUCAGAACGUCCCACUGGAGUCUGCUUCGGAUUUAUAACACGCCGCAUUUUCUGCUGCAGCUGAGCAUGGAGACCAGAG